AUGCGAGCAGCAGCCAUCUCCACAUCAAGGUUAGACAAGAUGCCAGGCAUGUUCCUCUCUGCCAACCCAAAGGAACUGAAAGGAACUGAUCAUUCACUUCUAGACGACAAAACGCAGAAAAAGAGACCCAAGACUUUUGGAAUGGAUGUGAAAGCAUACCUGAGAUCUAUGAUCCCACAUCUGGAAUCUGGAAUGAAGCCUUCCAAGUCCAAGGACCUGCUCUCUGCUGAUGAAGUGAAGCAGUGGUCUGAAUCCCUGGAGAAACUUCUUGCCAACCAAACUGGUCAAGACGUCUUUGGAAAUUUCCUGAAGUCUGAGUUCAGUGAGGAGAAUAUUGAGUUCUGGCUGGCUUGUGAAGACUAUAAAAAAACAAAGUCUGAUCUUUUGCAUUGCAAAGCGGAGAAAAUCUAUAAGGCAUUUGUGCAGUCAGAUGCUGCCAAACAAAUCAAUAUUGACUUCCGCACUCGAGAAUCUACAGCCAAGAAGAUUAAAGCACCAACACCCACGUCUUUUGAUGAAGCCCAAAAAAUCAUAUAUACUCUUAUGGAAAAGGACUCGUAUCCCAGGUUCCUCAAAUCAAAUAUAUACUUAAAUCUUCUGAAUGACCUUCAGGCUAAUAGUCUAAAGUGA